UCUUCCGAUUCCAAAGAACCAAAACCUUGUCUCUUGGACGAAAAAUGCUAUAAAAUCGACUAGCAAAGAACCACUUCAUAUCAUGAUGUUUGAUUGAUUCAUUAUCGUGCAAGAAUCUUGUAUCGACUCUGCAUCGUAUGUGAACGAGGAAAAGUAUUCAGUGCAAUAAGAUUUCGACACGACUGGACUCGGUACAAAGGAAGCCCAAUUUGAUAUACUGAAGGCUUUGGASAGACAACAUGAAAUGGUCGAAGGCAUGUUCUAUCGGUGAAUCAAAACUACAAGCUGGUGAGACUAGAGAUGCUAUAAGAUACUUUAAAAAGGCCCUGGUGAUUGCACGAAGGAAUGGGUCUAAAAAGGAAGAAGUUAUCACGCUUGAACGACUUGGUAAUGUUUACGGUCGUAUUGAAAAUUAUCACGAAGCUGUUGAUUACUAUGAGAAGGGACUGGAAAUAGUACAAGAGACUGGUGACAAGAAACUAGAGUGUGAGAUGUGUUAUAGCAUUGGCGGUGCGUGUGGUAAACUGGGAGAUUAUGAAAAGUUUAUGCAGUAUUCAAAACAAGGCUUGACUGUUGCAUUAAGAAUCGGUGACUCUAGACUCACUGCACAGUCCUAUGAAGGUCUUGGUCGUGCUUACAAUGCCCCGUGUGACUAUCAAAAUAGUAUUAAGUGCUAUAAAAAAGCUAUUGAUUUGUUCAAACGACUGAAUAAUGAAGAAGGAUUAGGGCGUUGUUAUGGAAACAUGUCAUUAUCAUAUCAAAGGCAAGGAAAGUACCAUGAUGCAAUUCGUCUAUUAGAGGAGAGUCUCAGGAUAAGUGUUAAAAUUGGAAGCAAAGAAAAGCAGGCGAGUGACUUACUUAACUUGGGAACAAUAUACGCGAGGCUGAAUGAUAUUGAUAAGGCCGUCGAGAUGUUCCAGAAAAGUCUUACUAUCAGUAUAGAUAUCAGUAAUAAAGGUCUUCAAGCAAAAUGUUAUGUUGGACUGGGAAAUGCUUUGAUAAAUUAUUCUAACAAAUAUUCAGAAGCCAUCGUGUAUUAUCAGAAAUGCUUAGACAUUUCAAAAGAAAUCGAUGAUAAACAAUCACAAUCGGUCGCCUUAUUAAACAUUGGCGCAUGCUUAGAGGAAUUACAUCGAUACGAAGAGUCGAAUGUCAUAUACGACAUUAGUCUUGCUAUUGCUAAAGAAUUAAAUGACAAAGGUCUUGAGGCAAGUAUUUAUCAUGCUAUGGCUGUAAACAAUAUGAGAAGAAAUCAAUUUCAAACUGCUUUAACUUUAUUGGAGAAAUGCCUUGACAUCGCUUCGACAAUCGGCAAUAAAGAACGUGAAGGUAAUGCUUGUUAUCUUCUGGGUGAAGUAUAYUAUUCAUUACACAAAGAAAACCAAGGACAUCAAGCAUGUCAUAAUACUGAUGAUAAUAUAGCUAAAUCAGAAGAAUACUUGAAAAAAGCUGUUGUUUGUUUUGAUUUUUUGUUCCUACAUCUCCAUCAACGGGAUCUUUUCAAAGUCUCCAUUUUUGAUAAAUUCAUUGCAACCUACAAGCUACUCACCACCGUACUGAUCGAGACAAAGAGAACACAAGAGGCUCUGUUAGUAUCUGAUGGUGGAAGAGCACGUGCUUUAGGAGAUCGCUUGAUUUUUAAAUACGGUAUGAUUCAACAAGAAUAUUUAUCGCCUAGACCAUUAACUUAUCCUGAUGUAGAAGGGAUCCUAACAAAUGAUGGAUUCUCUUUGCUGCAUUACAGCUUGCUAAGCAACAGUUUAGCUGUGUGGGUUUUAGCUAAAGACUCACUGAUGUUCAGAGAAACUGAAAAGGAACAAUUUGAUUCUGCCAUASAAACAUUGACUCAAGAAAAGAAAGAUGAUGAUGAAAACUCCAUUAAACGUUUCUUUACUGCUACGRUUUCAAGAGCAUAUGAAAUGAUGAAAAUCCAAGAAAGCGUCACUUGUGAAAACAGAUCACUUGAUGAUUGCGUUACAUCGAAAGAUCACGUCACUACAAAAGCUUCUGAAUCUCUGUCACGUGAUGAUGGUACCAGUGAWGAGACCCUCGAUAAAGCGUCACACCCACUUGAAAUGUUGUACAAUUGUUUAGUUGCCCCUGUCCUAUCAGAAGUUCAACACGACGAGAUUGUCAUAGUACCCGAUGGASCAAUGUAUAGAGUACCGUUUGCUGCCCUCAGGGAUCCCAAUACAGGACAAUAUUUGUCAGACACCAAACGCAUUCGUCUUGCUCCAUCGAUAGCAAUAUUUAAGGCUCUAAAGGAAUGUCCAGUGGAUCAUCACAGGCAAAAAGGAGCGUUGAUUGUAGGAGAUCCCAGUGUUGGAGAGGUGAUGUUCAGAGGCAAGAAACGAGUGUUUGAACGUUUACCUUCAGCAGAAACGGAAGUCAGAUUUAUUUCUUAUAAAUUGGGACAGGCCGCUCUGACUGGAGAACAAGCUACCAAAAACACUGUGUUGCACAAACUGAGAGAAGGAUCAGCUUUAAUUCACAUUGCUGCGCAUGGUAGCUCUGAUAAUGGUGAAAUAGCGCUAGCACCAAAUGUCUCACCAGAAAGACAAGGAAUCCCAGAAGAAGAUGACUACCUGUUGACGAUGAAAGAAGUCCAACAAAUCGGAAUCAAAGCUCAACUUGUUGUCCUAAGCUGUUGUUACAGUGGYCGUGGAGAGAUUAGGGCUGAGGGCAUGAUUGGACUUAGUCGUGCUUUCCUUGCGGCCGGAGCUCGUUCUGUCGUAGCUUCAUUGUGGGCAAUCGACGACGUAAUAACUUUGUGUUUCAUGCUGAAGUUUUACGGUUAUCUUACUGGAGGGGAUAGUGCGAGUGUAAGCCUUCAUAAAGCCAUGCUAGAUAUCCGAGCAGAGGAAGGCCACAGGGAUCCCAAGUACAGAGAUCACAAGUACUGGGCUCCUUUCUUCCUGAUCGGUGAUGAUGUCACACUCAAUUUGUAAGUAAAAAGCAUCUUUCAUCGCAGAUUUAUGUCAACAAAUGAAUAUKAAACUGAAAAACCCAAAUCAGUAUUGAUUCAACACGAACAUCAACACGAACAGUGACAGUGUGCUUUCGGCAUGUCUCUCCAGGGCAGGUUGUCAUUACUGUCGCUUGUAAAUAUGUAAAUUACGUUAUUUCUGCACUGAGUUGUUGUUCUUGCGUGAUAAACCAUAGUUAAUGUUAACUAUUAUUAUAAACUUAUCAAUACUGCAUGAGCUAUUACUCCAAUAAGGGCCUUGUAGUAUAG